AUGGAGGAAGGUCAGGUGAGGGCGAGACUCCGGCAUUUCAGUCACAUCUGGGUGACGUCUGGCCUGCACCCCUGGGUACUGGAUACAGUGUCCAGAGGGUUUGCACUGUUGGACGAUCACUAUCAGUUUCAGGCGCUGCAGUUUGUCCUCUCCACAGCACCGAAGAUCUUCACCAAGCUGAUGGUGGAGAUGAGGGUACUCCUGCGCAAGCAAGGGGUGAACAUAAUUCCGUAUCUGGACGAUCUCCUGAUCAUUGCUCUCACGACACAUCUGCUCAAGGAGCACGGUUGGGUCCUGAACCUCCCGAAGUCUCAUCUAGAGUCGACAAGGAGGCUGUCUUUCCUGGGAAUGAUCCUAGACACGUUUGUGAUAGUGUCCAAGUUCCGUAUGGAAACACUGCGUUCAAUUGUACUGGCGAUGGAACCCAGAGACUAUAUGGUAUCUCUAGAUAUUCAGGAUGUGUACCUGCAUAUACCUAUUGCCAAGUCACAUCAGCGGUAUCAGCGGCUUGCUAUUGGCAACAUACACUAUCAGUUCCAGGCUCUGCCAUUUGGACUUGCUAUGGCCCCUCAGAUCUUCACCAAGGCCAUGGCUGUAAUGACGAGACAACUCCGUCGCCAGGGAGUCAGGAUCCUGCCGUAUCUAGACGACUUGCUGACCCUGACAAAUUCCCACGAUGUCCUCUUCGGUCAUCUCCAACUGACAUCUAUAGAUGCCAAAUGUUUUACACAGAACACAAAGCUUAUUAAACCACAGACAGGUAAGGCAGGGGAGAGGCCAUUUCCAUGUUCUGAGUGUGAGAAAUGUUUUACACACAAAUCACAUCUUGUUCUACAUCAGAGAAUUCACACAGGUGAGAAGCCAUUUCCAUGUUCUGAGUGUGAGAAAUGUUUUACACAGAAAUUACAUCUUGUUACACAUCAGAGAACUCACACAGCUGAGAAACCAUUUCCAUGUUCUGAGUGUGGCAAAUGUUUUACACGGAAAUCAGAUCUUAUUACACAUCAGCGAAGUCACACAGGUGAGGAGCCAUUUCCAUGUUCUGAGUGUGGGAAAUGUUUUACACAGAAAUCAGAUCUUGUUCUACAUCAGAGAACUCACACAGGUGAGAAGCCAUUUCCAUGUUCUGAGUGUGGGAAAUGUUUUGCACAGAAAUCAGAUCUUGUUCUACAUCAGAGAAUUCACACAGGUGAGAAGCCAUUUCCAUGUUCUGAGUGUGGGAAAUGUUUUACACAGAAAUCACAUCUUGUUACACAUCAGAGAACUCACACAGGUGAGAAACCAUUUCAAUGUUCUGAGUGUGGGAAAUGUUUUACCUGGAAAUCACAACUUAUUAUACAUCAGCAAAGUCACACAGGUGAGAAGCCAUUUCCGUGUUCUGAGUGUGGGAAUUGUUUUACAUACAAACCAGCUCUUGUUGCACAUAAGAAAAAUCACACAGAUACAUCACCGUUUUCAUGUUCUGAGUGUGGGAAAUGUUUUACCUGGAAAUCACACCUUGUUGCACAUCAGCGAAGUCACACAGGUGAGAAGCCAUUUCCAUGUUCUGCAUGCUACUGGCGUCCCAGUGCAGAGGAGAAGCCGCUGAUUAUAAUUACCCGUCCUGCGGGAAAUGUAGUGAUGCGGCACAAGAGCUUGAAAGAAGUCUGUAAACUCAAAGAUGUGAAUCCUCCGAGUGUUAACAAAACUACAGAAGAGCUUGGCAAGAAGGAGCCGAUAGAGAGACAAGCACGAUCCUACGGGAACAUAGCCUUUAGCACCAUUAUAGCUAGACUGUCAAGGUCCCCCCGCCGCACGGAGGUCACAAUGGACAAAUACCUGGCCGCGUCUCUGGCUUCGAAAACACCAACACCGCUACAGCAGACGCGUCAGGAGAAACGCCGUGGAGAGCACAACAUGGCGCCGGGUGCGGAUACAGCUCCGGGGACGCCAGCAUCUAAGAAGGUGAUACCAGACCUCUUUUCUGAGACUGCGACAGGUGGAGAUGGGAAUACUGGCUCAGGUACAUUUACCUCAACAUACGCUGAUAUGAUAGCUGCUAUUCAAGCAACUGUUGAACCCCUUUUAAAUAAGGCUGUGUCAGAUAUUACUAAUCAGCUUCAACAUCUUAAUAUGAGAGUGUCUGAUACUGAAAGCCACAUCAGUACUGCUAGAGACGACAUAGACACUUUACAGAAAGAAGUCCGUAUGUUAACGACUGAUAAUACACGCCUUUCUGAGAAGUUAGAUAAUAUAGAAAAUAGAACAAGGAGAAAUAAUUUAAGAAUUAUUGGCCUCCCUGAAUCGCUGGUUGGAGCUUCUCUUGCCCAUUUUGUGAGAAUCACGCUUCCUAAGAUGCUGCAUAUCGAAGAUGCUUGUGCCGAUCUUAUAAUCGAAAGAGUACAUAGAAUUGGGGGCACAGCACAGCCUCCCCCGAAUCGCCCGAGAGCAGUUAUUUUUAAGACCUUAAAUUAUUUGCAUAAGCAAGAGAUAUGGAAAGCAGCACGUAAAGUUAAGAACCUGGAAUGGGAGGGCCAUUCCCUAAGAUUGUUUCAGGACUUUUCGGUGGAGCUAUCUAAGCUAAGGAAAUCGUUCUCACCAGUGUGUUCUGCUUUGGUUAAAGAUCAACGCAAGUUCUUCAUGAUGUUCCCAGCAAGGUUGCGGAUUUUUACUGAUUCGGGACAAUUAGACUUUACUAAUGCAGCGGAUGCGGCAGCCUUUCUGAAGGAGGAAGUCGAUGGAAAACCUGCCAAACAGUGCCCCUGCCUGUCCUCCCAGCACACCCUGCCCGACGCCAGCAGUCCGCACCUCCGCCAGCUGGUCCUCUCCAAAGGGACCGGACAGGAGGGGGAGUAUAUAGAGGAACACAGGGGUCUGUACAAGGACGUGAUGAUGGAGAAUCACCGGCCCCUCACAUCACUGGAUGGGCCCAGUAACAGAGAUACCCCAGAGAGAUGUCCCCGUCCUCUGUAUUCCCAGGACUGUACAGAGGAGAAUCACAGGAUCCCACAGGAGGAUCAGGUAGAACGUCUGUCUGAUAUAAAGGCAGAAGAUACAGAGGGAGAAGAAGAGACAUAUGUGACUGAUAUGAAGGCAGAAGAUAUAGAGGGAGAAGAAGAGACAUAUGUGACUGAUAUAAAGGCAGAAGAUAUAGAGGGAGAAGAAGAGACGGAUGUGACUGAUAUGAAGGCAGAAGAUAUAGAGGGAGAAGAAGAGACAUAUGUGACUGAUAUGAAGUCAGAAGAUAUAGAGGGAGAAGAAGAGACGUAUGUGACUGAUAUGAAGUCAGAAGAUAUAGAGGGAGAAGAAGAGACGUAUGUGACUGAUAUAAAGACAGAAGAUAUAGACGGAGAAGAAGAGACAUAUGUGACUGAUAUAAAGGCAGAAGAUAUAGGGGAAGAAGAAGAGGCGUAUGUGACUGAUAUAAAGGCAGAAGAUACAGAGGGAGAAGAAGAGACGUAUGUGAGGGGUAAAAAGCAAUGUAAGGAGGAGGAGAUCCCUACAGAUAUAAGCACCGCAGAUGGACACACAAGCAGGAAUAUCUCAGAAGGACAUCAAAUGUUAUCCCCGGAUUGUGACAUAAAAGAUAAUGACAGUAGACCGGAUUCUCCAGGGGCUUACCCCAUUACCCCAAUUAUACAUCCAGUUCUAUCAGCUGGUCCCUCUGAUCCUGUGAAAUGUUCUCCUGAUCACUCUGAUAUUGGUGCAUCUGUUACAGCUCUGAGAGUAGAUACAGAGUUUCCCUGUUCUAUAGAUGCCAAAUGUUUUACACAGAACACAAAGCCUAUUAACCCACAGACAGGUAAGGCAGGGGAGAGGCCAUUUCCAUGUUCUGAGUGUGGGAAAUGUUUUACACAAAAAUCACAUCUUGUUACACAUCAGAGAACUCACACAGGUGAGAAGCCAUUUUCUUGCUCUGAGUGUGGGAAAUGUUUUACACGGAAAGCAAAUCUUAUUACACAUCAGCGAGGUCACACAGAUGAGAGGCCAUUUCCAUGUCCUGAGUGUGGGAAAUGUUUUACAUACAAAACAACUCUUGUUGCACAUAAGAAAAGUCACACAGCUACAUCACCGUUUUCAUGUUCUGAGUGUGGGAAAUGUUUUACCUGGAAAUCACAUCUUGUUACACAUCAGCGAAGGCACACAGGUGAGAAACCAUUUCUAUGUUCUGCAUGUGGGAAAUGUUUUGCAUACAAAUCUAAUCUUUUUCUACAUCAGAGAAGUCACACAGGUGAGAAGCCAUAUUCUUGCUUCCAGUGUGGGAAAUGUUUUGCACACAAAUCAAAUCUUGUUCUACAUCAGAGAAGUCACACAGGUGAGAAGCCAUAUUCUUGCUUUCAGUGUGGGAAAUGUUUUACCUGGAAAUUACAACUUGUUACACAUCAGCAAAGUCACACAGGUGAGAAGCCAUUUCCAUGUUCUGAGUGUGGGAAAUGUUUUACACGGAAAGCAGAUCUUAUUACCCAUCAGCGAAGUCACACAGGUGAGAAGCCAUUUCCAUGUUCUGCAUGUGGGAAAUAUUUUGCACACAAAUCCAAUCUUGUUCUACAUCAGAGAAGUCACACAGGUGAGAAGCCAUUGCAAAGUCACACAGGUGAGAAGCCAUUUCCAUGUUCUGAGUGUGGGAAAUGUUUUACACGGAAAUCAGAUCUUGUUCUACAUCAGCGAAGUCACACAGGUGAGAAGCCAUUUCCAUGUUCUGCGUGUGGGAAAUGUUUUGCACACAAAGCAAAUCUUGUUCUACAUCAGAGAAGUCACACAGGUGAGAAGCCAUUUUCUUGCUCUGAGUGUGGGAAAUGUUUUACUCGGAAAUCAAGUCUUGUUUCACAUCAGAGAAGUCACACAGGUGAGAGACCACUUCCAUACUCAGAAAUAAAUUAGCUCUUGUUGCACACAAUAGACAUCACUCAGGUGAGGAACCAUUUUAUUCUGGAGUAUACUUAUCAUUGCCAUGUAAUGUUCCGCGAGGUUCUUAUACUAUCUCCUAUGCUUUUUGCAAUAUACAUGCUACUGCAGGGUGAAAUAAUCAGCUGUCAUGCCCUCAUCUACCACUGCUAUACAGAUGACCUGUCUUUUUCUCCGGGUACUGAGAACCCAAUACCAAUCCUAAAUGUCUAGCUGAGCUCCAGGUGUGGGUGAUGACAGUUGGCUGUGACUCAGUCCUAGGGAAACAGGUCCUUAUGAUAGAAGCUCACCAACAAAGGGCAGGGCUACAGCUCAGCUUUACCUACCAACCAGACUAACGCUUGUGGGUAAAGAGUUACAAAAUGCUGAUCAUGUGCGGAAUCUUGGUGUCCUGGAUGGUGGAGUGACACUUAGACAUCAGGUAUCAGCCACAAUCAGAUCCUCAUCUGAGGAACAUAGCCAGACUCCAGCACUUAUUUCCCUUAGAAGAUCUACCUACAGUCAUACGUGUACUUGUAUCAUCACACAGACUACUGCAAUGUCCUCUACCUGGGUCUCCCAGCAAAAGAAUUGCACCGCUUGUAGCUUGUACAGAAUGCAGCAGCCAGGCUGUUACCUAACUAGCCCGUUCCUGCCACAUAUCACCCGUUCUCUGCUCCCUUCACCGGCUGCCUGUAAGAUGGUGACUCUAUUACAUAAUCUGACUCUCCCAGCCCUACAUGACCAGGGUCACAGGUACCAGAAGCAGCUUCUGCCUCCUUACUGCCCUGGUUACUUCCAUCUGCAGUUGAAGGACUGUUACCAGCAGUACCAAGAAUCCCCAAGCAGUGCUGAGAUGUCAGGGAGGAGACAGGGUGGGUGG